AGAGAACAGGGAGAGCAGGACGAGCAGACUAGAGGAGAAGAGAACAGGAAGAGACAGGUCUGGAGCGGUCACAGUUGCUCUUUUUUCCAGCAGUUUUUUUAAUAACUUUUUGAAACCAGGGGUUAUUUUGGUCCGUCAGCGUUGGAGCGGUUUAGGAUGGAUGCCAUCAUGCUGCAAGAAAAACUGGUAGAACGACUUCUGUGCCCACGAGUGAGAACGGCCAGGCAGAAGGAGAAGCAGUAUGUGGGCUUCGCCACUUUGCCCAACCAGGUGCACAGGAAGUCUGUGAAGAAGGGGUUUGACUUCACGCUGAUGGUGGCAGGAGAGUCUGGGAUGGGAAAAUCCACUCUGGUCAACAGCCUGUUUCUCACAGACCUCUACAAAGACAGAAAGCUACUGAACGCUGAGGAGCGCAUCAACCAAACCGUAGAGAUCAUCAAACACACUGUCGACAUCGAGGAGAAAGGAGUGAAGCUCAAGCUGACCAUCGUGGACACGCCCGGAUUCGGAGAUGCUGUCAACAAUAACGAGUGCUGGAAGCCGAUCACUGACUACAUAGAUCAGCAAUUUGAGCAGUACUUCAGGGAUGAGAGCGGGCUGAACAGAAAGAACAUACAGGACAACAGAGUCCACUGCUGCCUCUACUUCAUACCUCCAUUUGGCCAUGGGCUGCGUCCGGUGGAUGUCGAGUUCAUGAAGGCCCUGCACGAAAAAGUGAACAUAAUCCCUCUCAUCGCAAAAGCCGACUGCCUCACGCCCACCGAGAUCAAAAAGCUGAAAGACCGGAUACGAGAGGAAAUAGACAAGUUUGGGAUCAAGGUGUAUCAGUUCCCUGAAUGUGACUCUGAUGAGGACGAGGAGUUUAAACAACUUGACAAAGAGCUGAAGGAGUGCACGCCGUUCGCUGUGAUCGGCAGUAAUACAGUGGUGGAGGCAAGAGGGCAGAGGGUGAGAGGAAGACUGUACCCCUGGGGGAUUGUUGAAGUGGAAAAUCAAUCACACUGUGACUUCGUGAAACUGAGGAACAUGCUCAUCCGCUCGCACAUGCACGACCUGAAAGACGUGACCUGCGACGUGCACUACGAGAACUACAGAGCGCAGUGCAUACAGGAGAUGACCAGUAAACUGACUCAGGACACCCGGAUUGAGAGCCCCAUCCCCAUCCUGCCGCUGUCCACUCCAGACGUGGACACUGAGAAGCUCAUCAAAAUGAAAGACGAGGAGCUGAGGAGGAUGCAGGAGAUGCUGACCAAGAUGCAGCAGCAGAUGCACGAUAAGGACUAGUGGUGGAGCUGAGGCUGCAGUGCCCCCUGCUGUUUCUCCACCCAACAACAGCGAGACCUCCUGACCCAGGGGGAUGCUUGCAGCUCCAGCUUUGAUUCUCUUCAGUUUUGGUGCUUUGUUAAGUUUUGUCUGCCUGGAGGUGAUGUAGUUCCCUGAAACAUAUCUGUUUCCCCACAUUUUGAGCCCUUUGCUGUUGUUAUUAACGCAAAGAAUAUAAAUUUCAAUAACUUCUCUGUAUAUCUAAUUUAUAACGCAGUGCUAAACAUUUUUGGAUAUAAUGUGAGGGUGUGUUUUGUAAAGAAUUGUAGGUCGAUGAUUAGAAUCGAACAUUAUUGUUUUAUAUUAUGUGUGUUUGAUAUGUGGGUGUUUAUUAUAAAUUUAAUUUCCGUAUCAUUCCCAUAAAGGUGCCACUGUAACUUUUUUAAAUUAAUAUUUAAGCUUAGUUCCUUGUUUGUUCAUAAACAUUUAAAUUUCUUGGACAUCACCAGUCAAAGCAUCCUCUCUCUGAAUAUUUUACUGACAUAAACUCAACUUUUUUUCUUUUUUUAUUUUUUUUUUGAGUGAAAAGGCUCUGACAUAAAAGGAUUAAUUUAUUAUAGAGUGCAUGUGAAAGCAUGCUGUCAUUCCUGGUGUCUGCUGAAAGCUGUGGGGCUGUUUUUACUGCUUUACAGCUGAACUCUUGCUUCUGCAGGAUGAAAAUUAGGAGCAAAAAUAUUUGUUUCUGUGAUUCUGUUUUGAAUUGAUCUCCUUUAAAAUGACUUAUGCCAUUGAAGUUGUUAAACCUACAUGUAUGUUUGGAUUGCGGCACGCGCGUGUGUGUGUGUGUGUGUGUGUGUGUGUGUGCGUGUGCGUGUGCGUGUGUGUGUGUGCGCUGAUGCUGACGACCUGUACAUAUUUUUGCCUGAAGGCUGUGAGCUCAGUCUGUGUCCCAUUUGGAAGAAAAAAGAAGUGUGAUGAAUAAACUCCUCUUCUUGUCAGCUC